AUGCAUAUUCAUUUAUUCCUGAACACUUUCUUGGUUCUGCUCUCACUUGGGGAGCAGCUGCGUAGAACAGAGCCAAUUGAUGUUCCACAUGGCGCCCAAGGAAGAGACAUCCCAGUCUCUCUCCAGCGACCACCUGAUGCGCCACCGGCGUUGAAGCAUGACCGUCCAGCAAACUGUCAUAAUCCUGCCUUCUUGAAAUCGGCGAAACCCGCCUUGAAAAAACCGGAGCCGAAGCAUGCCAUCUUGAACUCGCCGAAAUCCGAAAUACCGAAAACACCUAGUCCUUCGGUCUUGACGCCGACGUCGAAGCAUGACUGCCCAGCGAAAAAUCAUAACCAUGACCAUCCCAUCAUGGCACCGAAGCCGAAGCAUGCCAUCUUGAACUCGCCGGAAUCCGAAAUACCGAAAACACCUAGUCCUUCGGUCUUGACGCCGACGUCGAAGCAUGACUGCCCAGCGAAAAAUCAUAACCAUGACCAUCCCAUCAUGGCACCGAAGCCGAAGCAUGCCAUCUUGAACUCGCCGAAACCCGAAAUACCGAAAACACCUAGUCCUUCGGUCUUGACGCCGACGUCGAAGCAUGACUGCCCAGCGAAAAAUCAUAAGACUCCCAGUUUCACACGGUUGCCAUCGUCGAUCACCUCGCCUCCCUCAACAACUACUCAAGUGGAUAAUCCGCUCUGUUGGCCGUCGGAAAAUCCACAUCCAGAGGACCCUAAUAUGCCAAAGUAUGGCUGGUGCGUCUGCAGUGGCGGUAUUCGUCAUCCGGCGACUCAGAACGAAAUCUGUCCUCAACUGUCAUUUCCGUGGAGCUGGUAUACCUGGCCUUCUCCUGCGCCUAAUACCACGUUAACGAAUGGCGAGAACGUUGGGUACCUAUACACAUACAACGAGCCCACUGCGGGUGGUGCUAAGAUUGCAUGUGAAACAUCGAAGGUCGCGAAUAUGGCCUUAUAUGGCGCUUAUGAAGGGAUGGAGACAGUCUGCUCUGGUUCAACGACGACGCUUACUACCGGCGUGAGCUAUGUGACAACGGCGACUGGUCUUACAGUGAGUCCAGUCCUCGCCGGAAAUUGGGUCCAUUCGAUAUCGGAAAGCCCCGUCCCGAGCACUAGUUCCUCGUCGGAAGUAGCAAUACUCGUUUCUAGUAUCUACAAUGCUCUGUCGACUAUCUGCUCUGAUAGCGGGACUCCAACUACUACUGUUAUUCCGGUAACAAAGUGGAAUGACAAUAAGGAUCAUAUGUGGACAGUCACAGAAACACAGACUAUGACUGCCUGCGCCACAGAUACUGUCGAAGUUAUUGAUGUGUGGUAUAUAGAUUCGGAUGAGUCCAAUGGCCCGCAACAAGGAACUCUCAAAAUUUCUGUAAUUGAGUCCUGGUUUACAGCAGAGAACCUGAAAGAAUGGAUGUUGCAGGUUGCAUCCAUCUACGCAAAGAUGGCUAUGAGCCGCACUACAUAUGAAUCUUAUGACGAUGGGGCCGGGUAUUCAGAAGAACCUGUUGUCAAUUUCAAGGAGCUUGCGCAGCACCACGCUCCAAGAUAUGUCGGCCUCAUAUACAAGUGGAUCUACGAGAGUGUUGAGGUUGACCUAGGGAGGAUGUGGACUCAUCUAACUUUUCAACCAAGCGAAGAAGAUUUGCUCGAGUGCGUGUCAUCGGAGGAAAUGAUACAGUUUUUUGCAUCCCUUUGCGAGACCUUCGCACCAGAAUUAGCAGGGGAGAUCCAAACUGUUGCAACUAAGGCAGAGAAACUGUUUUUGUUCGUGUGUGAAAAAUCGGAUGGCUAG